GAUUUGAAGGUUGGAUAUCACCAAAUCAGAAUGAAAGAUUCAGAUAUUGAAAAAACAGCCUUUAGGACACAUGAAGGGCACUAUGAGUUUGUGGUCAUGCCUUUUGGUCUUACCAAUGCUCCAUCAACUUUUCAAGCCCUUAUGAAUGACAUAUUGAGGCCAUUCCUUAGGCAAUUUGCUUUGGUAUUUUUUGAUGACAUUCUAAUCUAUAGCAAGGAUGAGUUGGUUCAUGUGGAUCAUUUGAGGAAAGUGUUAGAAGCUUUAAGGACUCAUUCUUUAACUGCCAACAGAAAGAAAUGCAGUUUUGCUAAGCCCAGUUUAGAGUAUCUUGGCCACAUCAUUUCUGGUUCUGGGGUGGCAGCAGAUAAAUCCAAGGUGGCAGCAAUGAGUUCCUGGCCAGUUCCUAAAGAUUUGAAGAGUUUGAAGGGGUUUUUAGGACUGAUAGGCUACUAUAGAAGAUUUGUCCUAGGCUAUGGUAAAAUAGCAAAGCCUUUGACUGAAUUACUGAAGAAGGAUAGCUUUGUAUGGACACCAGAAGCUACUCUAGCUUUUGAAACUUUAAAAUCUGCCAUGGUCAGUUUGCCUUUAUUAGCAGUUCCUGAUUUUUCAAAAACCUAUGUUCUGGAGACAGAUGCUUCUAGUAAAGGAGUAGGGGCUGUUCUUAUGCAAGAGGGCAGGCCUUUGGCUUUUUGGAGCAAAGGACUCUCCCCUCAAGCACAGCUGAAGUCAGUCUAUGAAAGGGAGUUGAUUGCAGUUGUGCAAACUGUACAGAAAUGAAAACACUAUCUUAUGGGGAGACACUUUGUUAUCAAGA